AUGCCCAUCCGCACUUACAUCUUUAAAGUUGAUCUCCUUGAGUCUCGAGACCCACAAAUCUCGAGGACCUUUUCUAUACCCGCGUCAUGGACGUUUCAAAAGCUUCACGCCGCGAUCCAGCACGUCUUCCUCUGGCAGAACGAGCAUCUCCACGUGUUUACGUUUCAAAUUCCAAUUGGAGGGGGCAUAAACAAAGUUGGGCCUAACGAUAUUGUCCUGGAUGAGAAAACCGUCAAGCUCAAGGACAUAUGGGACGACAGUGGGAGGUAUCGCGGGGAUGUCACCAACAACGGAACCCUAGGGGGCUGCUUCUAUGAAUAUGACUUUGGUGAUGCUUGGGAACACGAAAUUACUUUGUUGGCCGUUGGCACGUCCUAUGUCAAGGAAGUCUCAGUUCUCGAGGUAUCUGGUUGCGCACCCCUCGAGAACAGUCACGGAGUCCUGGGAUGGGAGGGCCUCAAAAGAGCCUUCGCAGAUCCACACCCAGAUGACUUGUCUCUUGAAGCGAGGAGGUUGUCAUGGCUUGUUUCGCCUCUCGGUGGUGCAUUCCACCCCGCUGUAGCACCGACUAUAGAGCAGCUCAAUGCACCCGGGCUAUUCGAUAAGCGCUUUAGGCAGAUUCGCAAGGGCAUUCUAUGA